CCCCCCCCCCCCCCCCCCCCCCCCCCCCCCCCCCCCCCCCCCCCCCCCCCCCCCCCCCCCCCCCCCCCCCCCCCCCCCCCCCCCCCCCCCCCCCCCCCCCCCCCCCCCCCCCCCCCCCCCGCAUAAACCUAACAAUUCAAUUUACACUCACUAUUUUCUUCGAAAAUAUAUGUGAGUUCCACAAAAGGGAAGAAAGCGAUCGUUUUUUUUCAUAGUCGAGAACCCUAAUCAUCAUCCCGUCGCAGAUAAUAAUGACUAUUCAAAAAACGAUCACUUUCCCUUUUUUUUUAUGAAUUUGCAUGCGCUUUGACGCGUCUCUGAAAAAGUUUGUCUGCUUGGGUUUCACACUCUAGAAGUGGUCACUGAACGGUAAUAUGAUCGACGAUGACAAGGGCCAACUCUUUGUAUACAACACUCGUACCAAUAAAUCUGACGAUGAAUCGUUAGCGUUUCUGUUACAAUGUUGACUCAUAUUUAUCGUAUAAUAUUAUGUAUAACAAGUAGGAAUUAAUCUAGCAUAGAACAAAUAGUGAAUUUAUUACAAAUCCUAUGCAUCCCAUAUUUUCUUUCUAGAUUUUUAACUUAAAAAAAUGAAUAGGCCAAUAUCCAACCAACCAAACGUCAGAAAUAACAACAAUCACCAGGAACAAGGAGAUAUAUGGAUGUCUCCAUCAAAAUAUGUAAUAUCUGAUGUUUCGGCUGGAUUAUCUUUUCUUACUUCAGUUUCGAAAUUAUUUUUCCAACAAGAAGCCAGUCUCACACAAACACUCACGGGUCUGUCAAUGGCUCAACGUUUUCGUGUAAUUAAUGAGGAAGGCCAGGUGGUGUUAAAUGUCGCUGAAAAUAAAAGGAAUGUUGCAGGACGCGUGUGUUGUGCAGCUCGGCGGGGUUUUGUUCUGGAGGUUUACGAUCUAUCGAAUCAAGAAGUCAUGAGAAUUUCGCGUGAAUUUAAAUGCUGUGCUGGAUCUUGUUGUUGGUGCGCUAAUAUUGAUUGUUGUGCAUAUGAAGUAGUAGUUGAAUCACCACCUGGUACUGUUAUCGGUAUAGUACGACAAACACAAAGUUGCUGGCGAACUCAUUUGAGUUUAAUGGAUUCAACUGGUGCAGAACAAUUAAAAGUUAUUAGUCCAUGCUGUAUUUGUAAAGGUGUAUUUUGUUGUUGUUGUGAAAAUAAAUUCAAAAUAAUGAGCAGUCGUAGUGAUAUUGAAAUUGGUGGAAUUUUCAAAGAAUAUGCUGGUGUUGUUAAUCAAGCUUUAACUGGAGCUGAAAAAUAUACGAUCAAUUUUCCGAUAGAUAUGCCAACUAAUUUAAAAGUUAUAUCAUUGGGUGCAUUGUUCCUUAUUAAUUUUCUGGAGUUUGGUGGAAAUGCUGAAAGUAAGGGUGGUACCAGUAUUGCAGCUAUUAUCUGCUCAUGCAUAUCCUGA